ACGAAAAAUUCGAAAAUAUAAAGAGUGUUUUGGAUUUAAUAACAUUUCUGAAUAAAAUUUUUGAUUAUAACUUAGUGUGGAUGUAUUAUAAUUCAGAUAAUAAUGAGUGUAAUUGUCUCAGGAAAAUCACAGAAAUAGGAAUACAAAUUAUCCAUAAAAUAACAAAAUCGUUUUUAAUUGAAAUAAACAAAAUCGUAAGUCAAGAAUGUUUAGAAGAUUACAAAUUAAUCUUAAAAGAAUCGAUCAAUUUUCUUCAUCUAAUAAAGUUUAAAUGUGUGGAUGUUUUCAAUAAACAAUCAAUAUUUUGUCAGUACAAAUUUGUUUUAAAAACAUUAAUGGAUAAUGUCAAUGAAUUGAAACUCAACGACCAGGAGACAAACGUUUUUAAAGAAUUAAAUCAUAAUGAUGAAAAGAAGAAUAUAGAUGGAUCUAUAAUAAGUAAAAUGCCAAUUUGGAAAUAAAUUAUAUUUUUUGUAAA